AUGUCAUGUCGUUCAACGCAGGCGGUUUGGCCCGGCCGCGGCUGCUAUGGGCUCGGCUGGAAGGAGAUUGUACAGACGCCGGCGGAUGGCCGUGAGUAUCCACAGGGCUGCAUGUUCGAGGAAGCUGCUGGUGGAGGCUGCGCGCUUCUUUUCAACCGCGGUGGCAAGGCCGAGAAGUGUCCAGAUGGAAGUACCUGCAGUGUUCUGUGCAGCGACACGAGCUGUGUGGCAGUUGGAAAGCCGUGCGACCCGAAGAACAACACGUGCUGCAAGGACCCCCUGCAGCGGCAAAGCAGCAGGCAUAGCGCAGCCAUGGGGUGCGCGGCUUCGGUCCAGACAGAACAGGUCGUCAAGAGGACCAACAAAAUCGUGGAUGUCGAGGUGGUAAUGCGUGGCGAGGCUUUCGAAGAUACCGGCAUCCAGCACGAGGUCGGAAGCUCCGUCACCUUGGAAACAUAUGGCACCGCCAAGCAGCACCGGUCCUCGUUCUACGAGAAGGGAUCCACGGAGGAGAUCUUUGACAAGCUUGCGCCACAAAGACUCGACCACGAGGUGCACCUGCGCAAGAUGAAGAAGUUCCUCAAGGACGUGGAGAUUGCCCCGUACAACUUCCAAAACCGUGUGGAAAGCGCGCGUGAUGAGUUAGGGCUGCAGACAACCCAUUCCGCGGUGGCCACCCGACCACGUCACUGA